UCAACAUCCUCACGUCCGCGUUUUAGGUUCGCCUUACGGGCGACGAUUUCGCAAUCGAUCUGUCAAUCUUUUGAGCAAGCAAGAUGGCGAUAUGUUUUGUUCACAUUCUCCGUGUGGAUUUUAACAUUUAACGCCAAGUGGAAUGUUUGAUGUUCAGAAUUCUCUCACUGCAAACAGCUAUAAGACUUUAUUGUACAACGGGUGACAAACAGAUGUAAGUCUGUGACGAGUUGCCAUGUGGACAUGCUGGACAAAGGAGAAACCACCAGAAUUGGAAAGAAACAUACAUGCUGGUGACCAUGAAUAUAAUGCACAGUUUGAGUAUGCGAAUAACUACAUAUCCACAUCAAAGUACAAUGUGGUCACCUUCUUACCCAAAAACCUGAUAGAACAGUUUCAACGGCUGGCAAAUGCCUACUUUCUGGGACUACUUAUUCUGCAGCUGAUGCCGGUCAUUUCCUCUCUGACCCCCCUCACCACCGUCAUCCCACUCGUUGCCGUGCUAACCGUAACGGCCAUUAAGGACGCCGUUGACGAUAUUCAACGACAUCGAAGUGAUGGCUUGGUUAACAACCGGAAGUCAGACGUGCUUCGCGACGGGAAACUUGUGUCGGAGCGAUGGCACACGGUCAUUGUCGGUGACAUCAUUCGACUCAAGAACAAUGAUUUUAUUGCUGCGGAUCUCUUUUUGCUGUCCACCAGUGAGCCCAACAGUUUGUGCUACAUUGAAACAGCUGAGCUGGAUGGAGAGACCAACUUGAAGGUAAAACAAGCCAUCCCGGAAACUGCGAGUAUGGGGAACAACAACGAAGAGAUGAGCCGCUUUGAUGCUGAAAUAAUCUGUGAAGCGCCCAACAAUCGCCUGAACAAGUUUGAAGGCAAACUGACGUGGAAGGGGAAGACUUAUCCAAUCGACAACGACAAGAUCCUGCUGCGCGGCUGUGUCAUGCGUAACACACAGUGGUGCUACGGGCUCGUCAUCUUCGCCGGCCGUGACACCAAGCUCAUGAUGAACAGCGGCAAAACCAAGUUCAAACGCACACACAUUGACCGGCUUAUGAAUCUGUUGAUUAUUGGUAUUUUUUUGUUCCUGGUGAGCAUGUGCCUAAUUUGUACGAUUGCGUGUGGUAUUUGGGAGUCGUACACUGGCUAUAACUUCCAGAUUUACCUCCCUUGGGAAAGUUUUGUUGACAAGUCGAAAGAAAAGGGUUCCACCACAAUCGCUGUCCUUGUUUUCCUGUCCUACAUUAUUAUACUGAACACUGUCGUGCCUAUAUCACUCUACGUGAGUGUUGAAAUAAUCCGUCUGGUGAACAGUUACUGGAUUAACUGGGAUGUGAAGAUGUACUAUGAAAACAAGGAUACACCGGCCAAGGCCAGAACAACAACCCUCAACGAAGAACUCGGUCAGAUAGAAUACAUCUUCUCAGACAAGACUGGAACUCUUACACAGAACAUCAUGACUUUCAACAAGGCGUCUGUUGGAGGGAAGUCUUACGGAAACCCAGUUGAUGACGCGGGCCACGAGAUUGAGUUCAUAGAGAAUGUUCCAAAAAUAGAUUUUACACUUGAAAACCAUUACGGAGAGUCAAGCUUCUGUUUCUACGAUACCAGACUCCUUAAUGAAAUAAAGGGAGGUAACAAGGAUGCCAAGAGGCUCUUUAAAAUUCUCGCCCUGUGCCAUACUGUUAUGCCAGAGAGAAAAGAAAAUGGCAAUUUGGAGUAUCAGGCUCAGUCUCCUGAUGAAGGGGCCCUUGUGUCGGCAGCUAGAAACUUCGGCUUUGUCUUUAAGUCUCGUACCCCGAAUACCAUUACAAUUGAAGCCAAUGGCCGUGAAAAAAUCUAUGAUCUUUUGUGUAUUCUAGAUUUUAACAAUUUCCGCAAGCGUAUGUCUGUGAUCGUGAAAAGAAACGACAAAAUCAGGUUGUACUGCAAGGGAGCCGACUCUGUUAUCUUUGAGCGUUUGGACUCCAGCUGUGAAGAGUUAAAGGAACUGACCCUUCAUCACCUAAAUGAAUUUGCGCAGGAGGGUCUCCGAACAUUGUGCCUUGCUUAUAAAGAUAUUAGUAAAUCUGUGUAUGAUGCAUGGAAAGAAAAACACCAUUUAGCUAGUAUCUCCCUUGAGAACCGAGAUGAGCAGCUGGACACGCUGUAUGAAGAGAUAGAGCAGAAUCUCCAGUUGGUUGGCUCAACCGCCAUCGAGGAUAAACUGCAAGAUGGAGUGCCAGAAGCCAUCGCCAACCUGGCGCUGGCUGGCAUCAAGAUUUGGGUGUUGACUGGUGACAAGCAAGAGACGGCCAUCAACAUCGGCUACUCCUGCCAGCUGCUGACGGAGAACCUGGAGGAGGUGUUCAUUAUCGACGCAGAGUCGGUGGAGGAGGUGCAGGGCCAGAUGGAGCGGGCCAUGGACGAGAUCCAGAAGAUGAAGAACAAGACGAAUACUGAUGUUGUCGUGUGUAACGGUGACGCCCACUUCAACCCCACAGAUGGUGUCAGCGUCAACUGCGACGAGGCGGCCGAUUACGCACUGGUCGUCAACGGACAUAGUCUGGCGUAUGCACUGAACCCGGAGUUGGAAGGGCUGCUAGUCAAGCUGAGUUCGAGCUGCAAGUCUGUGAUCUGUUGCCGGGUGACACCUUUACAGAAAGCUCUCGUUGUUGAUCUCAUAAAGAAGCACAAGAAAUCCAUCACCCUUGCCAUCGGAGACGGGGCCAACGAUGUCAGCAUGAUCAAAACGGCCCACAUCGGUGUUGGGAUCAGUGGUCAGGAGGGGAUGCAGGCCGUGUUGGCCAGUGACUACGCUAUCGCCCAGUUCAAGUACCUCGAGCGGCUGCUGCUCGUACACGGACGAUGGUCCUACUUUCGAAUGUGCAAAUUUCUCAGAUACUUUUUCUAUAAAAACUUUGCAUUUACAUUGUGCCAUUUUUGGUAUGCCUUUUUCUGUGGAUUUUCUGCCCAGACUUUGUAUGACCCAUACUUCAUAUCUUUGUACAAUGUCUUCUACACUUCUCUGCCCGUCCUUGUACUUGGAAUAUUUGACCAGGAUGUCGACGAGGACCACUCUCUACGAUACCCCAAACUGUACAUGCCCGGCCUGCGUGACGAACUCUUCAACAAGAAGAAAUUUCUACUCAGUGUCGGCGAGGGCAUCAUAUCGUCGUUAAUUUUGUUCUUUAUUCCUUACUGGACUUUCAUCUAUGCAGCGGGUUCCUCUGGGAUGGGGGAGGAUGACCAGCAGUCGUUCGGUACAUUUGUAGCAACAAUUCUCGUGAUUUCCGUCAAUUUGAGGUGUGCUCUCGAUACUUCCUACUGGACUGGUUUCAAUCACUUUGUGAUCUGGGGAAGUAUCAUCUACUACUUCUGUUUCAUUCUGGCGUUUUACUCCAAUGGCAUCCACUACACGUACAUCGGUGUCGCAUUCGCCGUCUUCUCCUCGCCCAGCUUUUGGCUGUGCCUGUUGUUGACUUGCACCAUCCUCAUCGUCCCUGUGGUCGCAUACCGCUUCUACAAGACCAACAUCACGGCGUCUCUGUCCGACAGAGUCCGACUCAGGCAGAGGAUAAAGAAGCUGAAAUCACGGUCGCGAGAGUCACACAUCCACCGGCAGUCCUUCGUGAGACACAGCACACGGUCACUGCGGUCUGGCUACGCAUUCUCUCACCAAGAGGGCUUCGGCAAGCUGAUUACCAGCGGCCUCAACAUGACGCAGCGUUUGGAAGAGCGGAUUAAGGAACCCAAAGAACCGGUGAAACUCACAAAAAUUAUUCGGUACAGUGACGAUGAGAAUACGGCCACAACGAGCCUGAAAAAUGACAGAGUCUUAUUUGUGGAGAAAUUGUGAGAAUAUGUUUGUGUAUUUGCUGAUUCUCAAACUAUGUGUAGGGUUAGGACUUUGGAUGUUUUUAAAAAUCGGUUCACAACUCUACAAUAAUGUUGGCUAGUUUGGAUAUAAAUACAGUACAAGACUGACAAUAAAGUCAGCUAGUUUGGAUGUUAAUACAGCAGAAGACUAACAAUAAAGUCAGCUAGUUUGGAUAUAAAUACAGUACAAAACUGACAAUAAAGUCAGCUAGUUUGGAUGUUAAUACAGUACAAGACUCAACAAUAAAGUCAGCUAGUUUGGAUGUUAAUACAGUACAAGACUCGACAAUAAAGUCAGCUAGUUUGGAUGUUAAUACAGUAUAUGACUCAACAAUAAAGUCAGCUAGUUUGGAUGUUAAUACAGUAUAAGACUCAACAAUAAAGUCAGCUCUUUCUCUUGCCUAGCUGACUUUGUUGCUGGUUUGUGCACGGACCAGUCAGUUGAUCAGUUUGUCACGUGUUAAGCCACCAGAGAAGACCACCUUAAUGUCCAUCAUCAUGCAAUAUUGUACUGACUUGUAUUAACUUACCUUAUUGUCUGAAAUCAUGCAUUAUUGUACUAACUGACUUGUAUUAACUUACCUUAUUGUAUGAAAUCAUGCAUUAUUGUACUAACUGACUUGUAUUAACUUACCUUAUUGUCUGAAAUCAUGCAUUAUUGUAAUAAUUGACUUGUACUAACUAACCUUAUUGUCUGAAAUCAUGCAGUAUUGUACUAAAUGACUUGUAUAAUUAUCUUUUCCCCAAAGGGCCAUUUUGUAAUAUAUGUUGUAAAUGACUGUGUAGCACUGGUGAGAUGGUGGUCAGUACAAUCCAUUGAAUACUGUUUAGUUAAUCAAAUCAGUUCUAUUCUAUUUGGUAUAAAGUGAAAAUUGAGUACCAUAGUUCUGCUGUGUUUUGGUAGCAAGACUGGUAUUUUAUUAAAUAAAAUCACUCAAGAAUGAUUAGCUUAAAGUUUCAAAGUUAACAGAGUUAUCUCUCUUUGUUGUUGAUCAGUGAAGUAUUAGUUAUCUCCCCUGUAACUGACUGUUUAGAUCCAAUGAUUUUUCUCGGUUGUGAAAAACAGACCGAUUUCGCAGAAUCCACAAAUUGAGUUAUGAAUUUGAGAGCAUUCUAUAAUAUCUCUUUCUGUUUUAAUAUUGACAGGAUUCGUAAAACUGAUGAAAAGCACUUGAUAUACGAAACUAUUGACAAACAUGUGAUGCCUUUACAGGUGUUACUGUACUUUAUGAUUUGUUCUUUGAGAUAUGUUUCUUGAUAGAAACAGAACAGAAAUUUUACAGAGCACAAAAAGGAAUAUAUUAACAGAACUGAUGUCAUCAAUUUUAUUGUGACCUUGAUUGUGUACAUAAAUCAAUUUUGAAAGUUUUGAGACCACUGGGACCUAAUUCACAAAGCUCUCUUAGUCUCUGCUAGACAACAAAGCAUCUUCUUUGCAAGUCUUUUAGCAUUGCACUGCAAGAUGGGCCUAAUUCAUAAAGGUCUCUUAGCCUCUGCUAGACAACAAAGCAUCCUCUUUGCAAGUCUUUUAGCAUUGCACUGUGAGAUGGGCCUAAUUCAUAAAGCUCUCUUAGCCUCUGCUAGACAACAAAGCAUCUUCUUUGCAAGUCUUUUAGCAUUGCACUGCAAGAUCGCAAAGUUGUGAGAAUUUAGCGAAUUAGGCCCCAGAAAACUAAAAAUGGAAAAUAGAUUUUUAAAAUGGAAAAAAGAAAAUAGUUUUUUUUUUUUUUUAAAUGGAAAAUCAUUGGAUCAGUUUUUCAUUAUUAGCCAUUGAGUUUGAGUGCAGGAAUUGCUCAACAGUCGUCAUAUUUUGUAUCAUUGCAGAUUGUACAGUGAAACUUUUUCAUUCAUUAAAUCAUUUACACGAUGUGAAAAGAAAAUAUUUUCUUUGAAAUUCAACAAAUAUUCGAUUAUUAAGAUGCGCUUACAUGAAUAUAUUCAUUGCAAUGUUUCUUACAUGCACAUGUAGCAUUUUGUAAUCUCUUUUCAUAUAAUAAAAGAGAUUCAAAAUGUUUUUCUGUUAAUAGACAUUAUAAUGCCUUAACUGUUUUGUUGGUGUAAAUAAUUUAUAUUAAAUGUAAAAUUUACUUUGUGUAUAUAAACAAAGGUCCAAUUUUUUUUCUUUUUUAAAUAUUCAAAUGAUCUGUAUUAUAAUACAUAUUAAAAAAUAUUCAUUGAGUGGAUUAUUAUUUUAUUUUUUUGUACAAAUAACUGCAAUUACUGUGAUUACAAACAUGUACAGUCUGGGUUUUUUAUGUUUGUUUGUUGUCCACCUGAAUACAAGCUCGUAUGUACAGUCCAUAUAUUGUUUGACCCUAACACUGUUAAACAUAAUUUCAGAGUUAUAAUUGUUAAACAAUUAACAUGAAUAUAUAUAUACUUGAAUUCUCAUACGAUUCUCAUAUUUUCCUAAAUAUGACUUGAUUUUUAUUUUGUUUUACUUGAAGGCAAGGUCAUAGGUCAGUUGGCAGAGUUGUACAGAUUACAUCAUAUAUACAUGUACACUCACUUGCUGACACUCACACAUUUAAAGGGCUAGAGUUGAUUAAAGGCAAGGUCAUAGGUCAAUUGGCAGAGUUGUUCAGAUUACAUCAUAUAUACAUGUACACUCACUUGCUGACACUCACACAGUUAAAAGGCUAGAGUUGAUUAAAAAGUAAUCAGUUGUUUUUCUUGUGAUUUAUGACUAUUAGAAUAAUUAAUAUUUAUCCUGCAAUAUCUAUUUGUUAACAAGUAGAUCAAUUUCUGUUUUUGGCAAAAAUAUAGCUUUUUGUGACAGAAAUAUUUUUACUCUAAUUAUUAUCAGCAAAGGAAUGUUGUAUUAUUCAAAAUAACUUUUCUUUUUCCAUUUGAUGGGUUUUGAUUUUUUAUAGACUAUUUUGAAAACAUUUAUAUUGUUUAAAUAAAAAAUAAAUUGUUAUUUAAAAAAAAAAUUAUAGACUAUUUUGAAAACAUUUAUAUUGUUUAAAUAAAAAAUAAAUUGUUAUUUAAAAACUAUUUUGUUUUGAUGUAUAGAUAUAUACAUGUAGUAUGCAACAGAGCAUACAAUACACAAUCAAGGGAUGCACGAUGGGCCCAUUGGGCUAUUUUUCGUUCCAGCCAGUGUACCACAACUGGUAAAUCAAAGGCCAUGGUAUGUGCUGUCCUGUGUGGGAUGGUGCAUAUAAAUGAUCCCUUGCUACUAAUGAAA